UUUCAUCUUCUCCUCAUAACUAUCCUAAACCUGUUUUUUUUUCUUUUCUUCUUCUUCACUCUCUUCCUUCCCGGCGUCACUAUGGCCGCUGCCGCCGGUAAAGGCAGCGAACUCGACCACAUCAAUAAUGAAUCCGUUGAUCUGGUACGAAUACCCAUGGAGGAAGUGUUCGAGGAGCUGAAAUGUACAAAACAAGGUCUUACGGCAGAUGAAGCUUCUCACCGUCUUGACCUUUUUGGUCCCAACAAGCUUGAAGAGAAGAAGGAAAGCAAGUUAUUAAAGUUUUUAGGGUUCAUGUGGAACCCAUUGUCGUGGGUGAUGGAGGCUGCAGCGCUCAUGGCGAUCGCUUUGGCGAACGGAGGAGGACGGCCACCGGAUUGGCAAGACUUUGUGGGGAUAGUGUGUUUACUAUUCAUCAACUCAACCGUUAGUUUCAUUGAGGAAAAGAAUGCCGGUAAUGCUGCAGUUGCUCUCAUGGCCGGUCUAGCCCCCAAGACAAAGGUUCUCAGAGAUAAUCAAUGGAGCGAGCAAGAAGCAUCGAUUCUCGUCCCCGGAGACGUAAUCAGCAUCAAGCUCGGCGAUAUCAUUCCCGCCGACGCACGUUUACUCGACGGCGAUCCUCUCAAAAUCGAUCAAUCAUCUCUCACCGGCGAAUCAAUCCCCGUCACAAAAAACCCCGGCGAUGAAGUCUUCUCCGGCUCAAUUUGCAAACAAGGCGAAAUCGAAGCAAUCGUCAUCGCCACCGGAGUCCACACAUUCUUCGGCAAAGCAGCUCAUCUCGUCGACAACAAAAACCAAAUCGGCCAUUUCCAGAAAGUUCUCACUUCGAUUGGUAACUUCUGUAUCUGUUCGAUUGCUUUAGGAAUCAUCGUUGAGCUUUUAGUAAUGUAUCCGAUUCAACGCCGGAGAUAUCGAGACGGAAUCGAUAAUUUGCUUGUUUUGUUGAUCGGAGGGAUUCCUAUAGCUAUGCCUAGUGUGUUAUCUGUUACAAUGGCGAUUGGUUCUCAUAGAUUGUCUCAACAAGGAGCUAUUACUAAGAGAAUGACUGCAAUUGAGGAAAUGGCUGGUAUGGAUGUUUUGUGUUGUGAUAAGACUGGAACUCUUACGCUUAAUAAGCUUACGGUUGAUAGAAAUUUAGUCGAGGUUUUCGCGAAAGGAGUUGGUAAAGAACAUGUUUUCCUUUUGGCUGCGAGAGCUUCGAGGAUUGGGAAUCAAGAUGCGAUUGAUGCAGCUAUUGUUGGAAUGCUUGCUGAUCCUAAAGAGGCUAGAGCUGGUGUUAGAGAGGUUCAUUUUUUUCCUUUUAAUCCGGUUGAUAAGAGAACUGCUUUGACGUAUAUUGACUCUGAUGGAAACUGGCAUAGAGCUAGUAAAGGAGCUCCAGAGCAGAUACUGAACCUCUGCAAUUGCAAGGAAGAUGUUAGGAGGAAAGUUCAUGGAGUGAUUGAUAAGUUUGCUGAGCGUGGACUUCGAUCUUUGGCUGUUGCAAGACAGGAAGUUCCUGAGAAGAAGAAAGAUGCUCCUGGUGGCCCAUGGCAACUUGUAGGUCUUUUACCUCUUUUUGAUCCUCCGAGGCAUGACAGUGCCGAGACAAUCAGGAGGGCUCUAAACCUCGGUGUGAAUGUUAAGAUGAUAACCGGGGACCAGCUUGCAAUCGGGAAAGAAACCGGUCGAAGGCUUGGAAUGGGUACGAACAUGUAUCCUUCUUCUGCGCUGCUUGGACAAGACAAAGAUUCUUCCUUGGGUGCACUUCCUGUGGAUGAACUGAUAGAGAAGGCUGAUGGGUUUGCUGGAGUCUUUCCAGAACAUAAGUAUGAGAUUGUUAGUAGGCUUCAACAAAGGAAGCACAUAUGUGGUAUUACUGGAGAUGGUGUGAAUGAUGCCCCGGCUCUCAAGAAGGCGGAUAUUGGUAUAGCUGUUGCUGAUGCUACUGAUGCUGCGAGAGGCGCUUCCGAUAUCGUUCUCACAGAACCUGGAUUGAGCGUUAUCAUUAGUGCAGUGCUCACCAGUAGAGCCAUAUUCCAAAGAAUGAAAAACUACACUAUUUAUGCGGUUUCAGUCACGAUACGUAUUGUGUUUGGCUUCAUGUUCAUUGCUCUCAUAUGGCAGUUCGAUUUUUCGCCUUUCAUGGUUCUGAUCAUAGCAAUCUUAAACGACGGAACAAUCAUGACAAUAUCAAAGGACAGGCUGAAGCCAUCUCCACAGCCAGAUAGCUGGAAACUCAGAGAAAUCUUCUCGACCGGCGUCGUGCUUGGAGGCUACCAGGCCUUGAUGACAGUCGUUUUCUUCUGGGUGAUGAAAGACAGUGAUUUUUUCUCGAACUGCUUUGGUGUGAGACCACUGGGCCAACGUCCUGAACAAAUGAUGGCUGCUCUGUAUCUACAAGUUAGCAUCAUAAGUCAGGCUCUCAUCUUCGUCACCAGAUCCCGUAGCUGGUCCUAUGUCGAAUGCCCUGGUCUUCUCUUACUUGGUGCAUUUAUCAUAGCUCAACUGGUGGCGACAUUAAUAGCAGUUUAUGCAAACUGGAGUUUUGCCCGGAUAGAAGGAGCCGGUUGGGGAUGGGCUGGAGUGAUCUGGCUAUACAGUGUCAUAACGUACAUCCCUCUUGACUUACUCAAGUUUGGGAUCCGCUACGUUUUGAGUGGAAAAGCUUGGUUAAACCUUCUUGAGAACAAGACUGCCUUCACGACGAAGAAAGACUAUGGGAAAGAGGAAAGAGAAGCUCAAUGGGCUGCAGCUCAAAGAACUCUCCAUGGACUUCAACCAGCAGAUACAAACAACAUCUUUAACGAAAAGAAUAGUUACAGUGAGCUUUCUCAGAUUGCUGAACAGGCUAAACGGCGAGCUGAGGUUGUCAGGCUGAGAGAGAUAAAUACAUUAAAAGGGCACGUAGAGUCAGUUGUGAAGCUUAAAGGACUUGACAUUGACACGAUUCAGCAACAUUACACAAGGCUCCAUCCUUCCUUCCUUCGUCGGAGAUCGUUUGGUCCCCUUCAAGAGUCAUCAGUUUUCUCCAUUUUCCAAGGAGGAGCCAUGGGUUGGAAAGCUGCUGAGAAACUCAUCAGACACUGGAAGAUACUUCGAGGGGAUAAUGUAAUGAUAAUUCGUGGGAAAGAUAAGGGUGCGACUGGAACCAUAAAGCGCGUCAUCCGAUCCCAAAAUCGUGUCAUUGUUGAAGGAAAGAAUCUGAUCAAGAAGCAUAUAAAAGGAGGCCCUGAUCAUGAAGGUGGAAUUUUCACGGUAGAGGCUCCUCUUCACGCCUCUAAUGUCCAAGUUGUUGAUCCAGUCACUGGGAGACCUUGUAAGGUUGGUGUCAAGUACCUAGAGGAUGGAACAAAAGUAAGAGUAGCCAGAGGCACUGGCACAUCUGGUUCCAUCAUUCCUCGCCCUGAGAUUCUAAAGAUAAGGGCUACACCAAGACCCACAACUGCUGGCCCCAAGGACACACCAAUGGAGUAUGUCUGGGAGCAGACAUAUGAUGCUAAAACAGGAAAGGGAAUGCCUGAUCUUUGAGCUGAAGCCUCUUUACAGUUUCGUUCCUAAAAUGUUGCUGCUCCUAAAUAGAUUCUUCGUUUUCCAAUCCAUUAUAGUUUGAUUUGGGUCAAGAGCUGUGAGGCUUUGUUGAAAGAACCUUUGAUCCUGGCUGAAACGGAGUCGUUUUCGUUUAUUU